AUGAGAAACGAAGAUGGUGUUGAAGUGGUCGACAACGAUGCGUUUUAUAUGAGGAAGUCUGUGGAGCUAGCAAAGAGAGCAAUUGGGUGUACUAGUGCUAACCCCAUGUUGUUUUCUCUUAGAGAUGCUGGAGACUUAGCUGAGAAUGCUACUGCUUAUGUUAGUUUGGAACCAUGUAAUCAUUACGGAAGAACACCUCCCUGCACAGAAGCUUUGAUUAAGGCUAAGGUGAAAAGAGUUGUGAUUGGGAUGGUUGAUCCUAAUCCAAUCGUGUUUUCGACAGGUAUCAGUCGUUUGAAAGAUGCUGGUAUUGAUGUCACUAUGGGUGUUGAAGAAGAGUUAUGCAAGAAGAUGAAUGAAGGAUUCAUCCAUCGAAUGUUAAGAGGAAAGCCUUUUCUUGCCCUCAGGAAUCUAUUCUUCUCGUCGACAUCGCCGUUGUCUCCAUUAUCUCUUCAAUCUACACCUGAUAUUAGGGUUUCUACUAAAUUCUCCGCCGGAGACAGCCCGGAUCUGAAAUCCAGUUGCUGUAACAACAUCCAUCACCAGCGCCGUGAAGCCGCCGCUUUCAAAUCAUCCGUUGAUAUUCAGCCGGAGUGGAACAUGCUUGAGCAGAUCCCUUUCUCGACGUUCUCGAAGCUCUCGUACUCUGUUCAAGAGCCAGAAGAUCUCCUUCUCUGUGGUGGCCUUGAGUACUACAACCGCGUUAAUGAUCGCAUAACGCCCAAGAACGAGCGUAGACUCGAGCGUUUCAAGAACAGGAACUUCUUCAAAGUCACUACUAGUGAUGAUCCUGUGAUUAGGCGUUUAGCUAAGGAAGACAAAGCUACUGUUUUCGCUACUGAUGCUAUAUUAGCUGCUCUUAUGUGUGCUCCUCGAUCUGUUUACUCUUGGGAUAUUGUUAUCCAGCGUGUUGGCAACAAACUGUUCUUUGACAAGAGAGAUGGAUCACAGCUUGAUUUGUUGUCUGUGCACGAGACAUCUCAAGAGCCAUUGCCUGAGGCUAAAGAUGAUAUCAACUCUGCUCACUCUCUAGGUAUGGAAGCUGCGUAUAUCAAUCAGAACUUUUCUCAGCAGGUGUUGGUUAGAGAUGGAAAGAAGGAAACUUUUGAUGAGGCGAAUCCAUUUGCUAAUGAAGGUGACGAGAUUGCUUCUGUUGCUUAUAGGUAUAGGAGAUGGAAGCUUGAUAAUGAUAUGCAUCUUGUUGCGAGGUGUGAGUUGCAGAGUGUUGCUGAGCUCAACAACCAGAGAUCGUUCUUAACUUUGAAUGCUCUCAAUGAGUUUGAUCCUAAGUAUUCUGGUGUUGAUUGGAGGCAGAAGCUUGAAACUCAGAGAGGUGCGGUUUUAGCUACUGAGUUGAAGAACAAUGGUAAUAAGUUGGCUAAGUGGACUGCACAAGCUCUCUUGGCUAAUGCUGAUAUGAUGAAGAUUGGGUUUGUCUCUAGGGUUCAUCCUCGUGAUCAUUUCAACCAUGUUAUCUUAUCUGUUUUGGGGUAUAAGCCUAAGGAUUUCGCUGGACAGAUCAAUCUGAACACUUCUAACAUGUGGGGUAUUGUGAAAUCCAUUGUUGAUCUGUGUAUGAAACUAAGCGAAGGAAAGUAUGUUCUUGUCAAGGAUCCAUCGAAGCCUCAAGUGAGGAUUUACGAGGUUCCACCAGAUGCUUUUGAGAAUGAUUAUGUUGAGGAACCGUUGCCUGAAGAUGAACAGGUUCAGCCACCUGAGGAGAACACAGAAGGAGCAGAACCAAGUGUAGCUGCAGCUAAAGAAACUGAGGAUAAGAAAGCUGAUGAAGCUCAAGCUUGAUGGUUAUAAAGUCAGGUCAAAGUCCACACUUUUGGUUUCUGGGUUCGUUUGAGAGUUGAAGCUUCAAUCAGACAACAGCUAUGGAGGGUUUUGUUUUCUAUUAUCUUGUCUUUUUCCAAUUUUUGGUGGUACUGCUGUAAUUUGAGAUUUAGAACACUAUCUUCGUGACAUCUUUUGGAAAAAUCAUCACAUGGUUCACAAAACAUAAAUCUUUUUUUAUAUCAUGGCUCUCUUAUUAUA